AUGGUUGGCAGUCAUGAUCUCCCCGACGUACCACGAUCCGAACCUGUUUUCCCUCCACCAUUGCAGGAGUUUCCUUCCUCUCCACCGUCCAUAGUAUCAGAUGCUGGUGUCCGACGCAAGCCCAAGAAACCCCCUCCCGUGACUCCACGAUCAUUCAAGAGAUUUUUUACACCCCGUUCCAUGCUGAAUGGAGGGAACAAUGCUAGCGAUGUGAGGACGAAUCGACAGGCCUUGAAGGCUCUGAGUUCUCCUGCUGUCAAUCGCUUGGGACCGGCUUUCACAAGAACGUUAAAGGCCGUUGCGACUAGGCCGGAGCCUUCAGAACUCCUGCGCACUCCUAGUAGGAAGCGGAAGUUCUCGUUUUCUUCGAUUGUCUCUCCUCUUCAGUCAUCACCUUUAAGAAAGGUGCGCAUGAGAACGCCAAUUCAAGAUGACGAAGAGGUGAAUGUCACAGUUCGGGACCUCGAAGUGAACACUGAGAUACGGAUGAGCGAGCCGAAACCUCACGUUAUCGCUAAACCGCUUCGUCAAGUGUCACCUAUUCGACGAUCGCAAGCAUUGCAGACAUCUGGACAAUUUUUCAUGCGGAGUGUCAUUGGUGCACGGGCGAGCCGGGUGACUAUUCGAUCUAAUUCUGGAGCUGAUUGGCAGGAUUUGACAUCGGCAUUCUACUCGCGGCCUUCGGACAGCCAUGCCUGUGCUAGUUCUACCGGAGAUCGCCUUGCUCUUCCCUUUUGUACCGCAUCUUGUAACAGUGAGUCAAUCCGACUCAAGACUAUCCCUACUUCUUGCACUGACGGUUCCAUAGCGAAUACACUCGUUGCAGUAGGCGAUGAAGAGGGAGGGAUUCGAUUGUUGGAUUCCGCUAAAAAUGACAAGAAUGGCUUUUCAAAAGCCUACCUUUCGUUUCGACCCCACAUGAACGCCAUUAUGGACCUGGAGUUUUCAUCAGAUGAUAUGCUGCUCGCAACAGCCUCUGGAGACCAAACGGCCCUGGUCAUCGAUAUGACUACACAGAAACCGAUAUACUGUUUGUCGAACCAUGUUUCGUCAGUGAAACGGGUGCAGUUUCAACCAUCAGCCAACAACAAAGUCCUUGCAACUUGUAGUCGCGACGGCAAUGUUAACAUUUGGGAUCUUCGCUGCAAAGGCUUUGAGAAACCUUCCCUCCAAGUUCGAUGCUCGCUCGAAUCCGACUCGGAGUAUGCAGCUGCUCCCGUCGUCCCCAAAAUGACAUAUCCUCAGGUUCUAAACACGAUACAUGGUGCUCACGCAUGGAUGCCCCAAGCCCCCGCUUCCGAGAAGCUCGAACCUCAAAUUGGGCGCACUGACAUCACUGUAACUUCAUUGGCUUUCCUUCCGCCUGGCCGCGAGAACUUAUUCGUCACAGCAUCUGAAGCUAAUGCCUGCGUCAGACUAUGGGAUCUGCGGACAGCGCAUAACAACCGUCGGGGCAGACCGGUUCUUCCUCUUUCGACUACACGAGAACCUGACAGUCAUAUUAAAUACAGACGCUUUGGACUCACUUCCAUGACAUUAGGCGGAGAUGGCUCGAGACUCUACACAUUAUGUCGCGAUGGUACCGUGUACGCUUAUUCGACGUCUCAUCUGAUCCUCGGACAUGCGCCGGAGCUCUCUUUAAACAAUGACCGCCCACGUCGUUCAGGAGGGUCCGACAAAGAGGGUCUCGGUCCCCUGUACGGUUUCCGUCAUCCGCGUUUGCAAGUUGCGUCGUUCUAUGUCAGGACCGCGGUUCGAAAGGCCACUGGUGAUAAACCGGAAAUGCUGGCUGUUGGAAGCAGUGACCAGUGUGCUGUUCUAUUUCCCACGGAUGAACGUUUUCUCUAUUCCGCCCCUAAACCAGCUCCUGAAGUUGAUCUUCCUCGGAACCCAAUGCACCUCACUCGCUCUGGUUUACGUCGUACGAACUCUGGUUUGUCUGGGAAAUUGGAAGAUACCAUACCGAUAUACCAAUCCGGAACGCCCUUGAUCGAAGGUCAUAAGAAAGAAGUCUCGGCUGUAUCAUGGACUGUAGAUGGGGAGCUCAUCACAGUCAGCGAUGAUUACAGUGCCAGAUGCUGGCGUGAAGGCUCCGACGACGCCAGAGACCUUCGGAUAGGUGGUGAGCCGGAACGAUGGCGGUGUGGCUGGGCUGCUACGAGAGACUCAUGUGAUGAUGAAUGA